AAAUAUAAAACAAAAGACAAAAGAAUGCAGAGGAAGACUGCACGGACCAGCACAAGCAUGGGGGAGACUGCAGUCCUCAUCCUUGCAGUGAGCUUCAUUCUAGUUGAAGCCCAAGGUAAUGAAAAAUUCCAUCAGGGCUUGGGAUCAACCAGCUGCUGUGAAAUCUGCUCUGUGUCUCAAAAUCUGGGGACGGUUGGAGAGAAAGUCACAAACUUAGUGGAAAAAGUAACACUUCUGGAGGCUAAGUUGCUAAACACGGAAAAGGAAGUCCUGGAGCUGCGGAGCCUAACCGGAGCAAAACCUCAGGUGGCCUUUUCUGCAGCUCUCAGGGAAUCUGGCAAUGGAGACAUUGGCCCUUUCACUACAGCUACAGCGCUACAGUAUAAGAAGGUUUUCUCAAAUGUUGGCAGUGGCUACAAUCCAUCAACAGGCAUUUUUACUGCUAUGGUCAAGGGAAUGUACUUCUUUCGAUUCUCGAUGUUCAACAACUUAAAUCCUGUUCCAAAUUCAGUUGUGAGCCUCAAGAAGAAUAGUGAGCGGCUGACAUCCGUCUGGGACGUUUCAGGGACCGACAGCAAUGACAUGGGCAGCAACGCUGUGGUCAUCGCCUUGGAUGUGGGAGACAAUGUGUAUGUGGAGCUACAUGGAAAUCGGGUGGUGUAUGACGAUACCAUGUACUACAACACCUUCAGUGGGUUUCUGCUCUUUACUAUGUGAUCAUCCUUUGAAUGGAAUAUAUCAGUGUACCCAUUUCUUCUUGUAGAACAACAUUGUUCUACUUGACAUUUUUUGCGCUAAUGAAUAUAAUCUAAAUUAAAUUUACAAAUGUUAAUGAGUCUCACUUACAUCUGGCUAAUUUGAAAAUGCAAUAUAAAGGUAUGAACACAAUGUUGCCUCCAUGUAUCUGCACACUUGGAAAAAAUAAUAAUAGUCAUUUGAAUGUGUGUCCACUUUGGUUUACAAGUAAAUCAGACAUUAACUUCAA